CCGGUUCCGGCCGCCCGAGGAUGGAGGCACGCGUGGCGCAGUCCGCGGCGAGGCUGGCGCGGCAGGUGAGGGGAAGAUUUCUAGUACUCAGCUGAGCAAAGAGCCCUUGGAGAUGUCAGCAUGGCCUCAUGUAAUUCCCGCAGCUCCUCAUGAGGUGGUCAUCAGGAAAACGAGAUCAAGUUGCUAAGUGCAGAAAUCGAGCGUCUGAAGAACUUUGGGUGCUUGGGAGUCUCCCCGAGCUUGGAAGGGUUGCGAGACGAAAACGCAAAACUCAAGUACCGGUUAAACUUCCUUAAGAAGAGCCUUCAAGAGGAAAGAAGUAAAUCAACCAAAAGCAUGAUUAAUAUCAACAGCUGUCUCCAGGAGAUCUUUGGAGCUGCCAUUCAGGCUGCCUACCCAGACUUAGAAAACCCUCCUCUGGUGGUGACACCAAGUCAGCAGCCCAAAUUUGGGGACUACCAGUGUAACAGUGCCAUGGGCAUAUCACAGAUACUGCUCAAAACCAGGGAACAGAAGGUUAGCCCACGAGAAAUAGCGGAGAAAAUAGUAAAAAAUAUUCCUGCCAAUGAAUGCAUUGAGAAGGUUGAAAUUGCUGGUCCUGGUUUUAUCAAUGUCCACUUGAGAAAGGACUUUGUGUCGAAGCAGCUGAGCAGUUUAUUGAUCAGCGGAGUUCAACCACCAGCUAUUGGCAAAAGGAAAAAGGUGGUGGUGGAUUUUUCCUCCCCCAACAUUGCCAAGGAGAUGCACGUUGGCCACCUGCGCUCCACCAUCAUCGGCGAGAGCAUGUGCCGGCUCUUCGAGUUCGUGGGUUAUGACGUUCUGAGGUUGAACCAUUUAGGAGAUUGGGGCACGCAGUUUGGAAUGCUCAUUGCUCACCUCCAGGACAAAUUUCCAGAUUACUUAAGUGUUUCUCCUCCCAUUGGGGAUCUCCAGGCUUUUUACAAGGAAUCCAAGCAGAGGUUUGACACAGAGGAGGAAUUUAAGAAGCGAGCUUACCAAUGUGUGGUGCUGCUGCAGAGCAAAAACCCUGACUUCAUUAAAGCCUGGAAUCUCAUCUGUGACGUGUCACGCAGAGAAUUCCAGAAAAUCUACAACUGUUUGGACAUCACAAUCACAGAGAGGGGGGAAUCCUUCUACCAUGAGAUGAUGAAAGACAUUGUGAAAGAAUUUGAAGAUAAAGGAUUUGUCCAGGUUGAUGAUGGCCGGAAGGUCGUGUUCGUCCCGGGUUUCCCUGUCCCGCUGACAAUCAUGAAAUCGGACGGAGGUUACACGUAUGACACAUCAGACCUGGCUGCUCUGAAGCACAGGCUGUGUGAAGAGAAGGGUGACAUCCUCAUCUACGUUGUUGAUAGUGGCCAGUCUGUGCAUCUCCAAACAGUGUUUGCAGCUGGACAGAUGAUUGGCUGGUAUGAUCCCAAAGUCACCAGAGUGGCCCAUGCUGCCUUUGGAGUGGUGCUGGGAGAAGACAAGAAGAAGUUCAAAACUCGUUCAGGGGACACGGUGCGUCUCAUAGAUCUGCUGGAGGAAGGACUGAAACGAGCCAUGGACAAGCUGAAAGACAAGGAACGGGACAAGGUCCUGACGCCAGAAGAGCUGAAAGCUGCCCAGACGUCGGUGGCUUUUGGAUGCAUUAAGUAUGCAGAUCUGUCCCACAACAGACUCAAUGAUUACGUGUUCUCCUUUGACAAGAUGCUGGAUGACCGAGGGAACACAGCUGCCUAUCUGCUCUAUGCCUUCACACGCAUCAGGGCAAUUGCUCGCCUGGCCAACAUCGAUGAGCAGAUGCUGCGGAAGGCAGCCAGGGAGGAGGUGCUUGUCCUUGACCAUGAGAAGGAGUGGAAACUGGGCAAGUGCAUCCUGAGGUUUCCUGAGAUCCUGCAGAAGAUCCUGGAGGACUUGUUAUUGCACACACUCUGUGACUACCUGUAUGAGCUGGCCACCACCUUCACUGAGUUCUACGACAGCUGCUACUGCGUUGAGAAGGACAGGCAGACUGGCCAGAUCGUGAAGGUGAACAUGUGGAGGCUGCUGCUGUGCGAAGCCACUGCCAGUGUCAUGGCCAAAGGAUUCGACAUCCUGGGGAUUAAGCCUGUGCAGAGGAUGUAGCGGUUCCCUGUGGAAUGACAAUAAAGGGACUAAACAAC